GACGGCGGCUCCGCGAGAGUACCCACUGCUCUGCGGCGGGGGAUCGUGGCGCGCACCCGCGCUUGGACGCACAGAUACGCGGAUGCCCACCUGGCCGAGCCAGGACCCAACAAUGACUCUGAAUAAUGUCACCAUGCGCCAGGGCACUGUGGGCAUGCAGCCCCAGCAGCAGCGCUGGAGUAUCCCAGCGGACGGCAGGCAUCUGAUGGUCCAGAAGGAGCCCUACCAGUACAGCCAGUGCCACCAUCACCCUGCUGCCCCUGAGGACCACUGCCGCCGGAGUUGGUCCUCCGACUCCACAGACUCAGUCAUCUCCUCCGAGUCGGGGAACGCCUACUACCGGGUGGUGCUCAUAGGGGAGCAGGGGGUGGGCAAGUCCACUCUGGCUAACAUCUUUGCGGGCGUGCAUGACAGCAUGGACAGUGACUGCGAGGUGCUGGGAGAAGAUACAUAUGAGCGAACACUGAUUGUUGAUGGGGAAAGUGCAACAAUUAUACUCCUGGACAUGUGGGAAAAUAAGGGGGAGAACGAGUGGCUCCAAGACCACUGCAUGCAAGUUGGGGAUGCCUACCUCAUUGUCUACUCCAUCACAGACCGAGCCAGCUUUGAGAAGGCCUCCGAGCUGCGAAUCCAGCUCCGCAGGGCCCGGCAGACAGAGGACAUCCCUAUAAUUUUGGUUGGCAACAAAAGUGACUUGGUGCGGUGCCGGGAAGUGUCUAUUUCAGAAGGGAGAGCGUGUGCGGUGGUGUUCGACUGCAAGUUCAUUGAGACCUCUGCCGCUGUCCAGCACAACGUGAAGGAGCUCUUCGACGGCAUUGUGCGACAGGUCCGCCUUCGGAGGGACAGUAAGGAGAAGAAUGAGCGGCGACUGGCCUACCAGAAGAGGAGGGAGAGCAUCCCCAGGAAAGCCAGGCGCUUCUGGGGCAAGAUUGUGGCUAAAAACAACAAGAACAUGGCCUUCAAGCUCAAGUCCAAAUCCUGCCAUGACCUCUCUGUGCUCUAGGCACCCAGAGUCACCCAGAUGUCUCCCUGAUGGACAUCGUUGAAGGCCAUUGGGACUGAUAAUCUAUAUUAGAUUGGAUCAUUAAAUAUUGUUAGAUGUGGCUCCCCCUAGUGCAGCUGUGAAUUAAUGCAUUACCCUUAUGGGCAAGAAAAUGCAUGGGAAAUGAAAGAUCUUUGUAGAGUCAGCAUUUACAGGAAAAGACUGACCUUGCUACCUGAACACCCAAGACUCACUAGAGGAUGUGUUUGGUGUUCACAUGUGUUUCCCCUUCCCUUUGGAUAGUAGAGGACUGAAGUGUAUAAAAGAAUGCUUAGAUAAAGAACUUUACAUUAUUAAAAAUUUCCCCAGUGUUUGGAUAUAUGAAUUUGAGGCCAAUGGAUCAUAAACAAAUGUAGUAAUGUGUCAUUCAAAGGAAUGUUCAAAGGAGAGAGAACUUGUUUCUCUGUACCCUAUAUUCCUGGAGCUGGGACUGUGGAAUUGGGCUCAUCAUGACUAUUACUGCUCCAUCAAGCUAUGAAAAGAAAUGGUGGACCUUGCUGGAAACUAAAGCUUGCAAACCAUUUUUGUUCAGUGCCCACAGCUGUGGAAACAAAAAUGUGUAUCAUUGGGAACUGAUAUAUGUACCACUAUUGGUUUCAAAAAUCAUGUCUUUACUUCUGUAUCUUAUAUUUUUUUAUUCAGGAAAAUCAAGUUCAACUUAGUUAAACCACAUUUUAUGCUUCAUUCUUUUUACAAUCAUAAGGCCAUGAUAAGAAUAUUUUUAAAAUCUGGAUUAUUGAUAAUCUGGAAUGUAAAAAGCCAAAACUUUAAAUAUAAUCAAAGGUCUGAAUUUUUAUAAAACACAAAACAUAAAUACUUCCAGUACUUUGCGUUGACACUUGUA